GUCGUCUUUUCUCCCUCCUCCCUCCUCCCCCUGCUCUGAAGAGCGCGCCGCGAAGGGGACUGGCCGGUUACUUCCUCCGGUGGCGGCGCAGAGCGCGGCGCGGCCCAUCCUCGAGCUCCUGGAGCCGCCUGCCUGCGCCCGGCCAGCGUCCCGGCUCCCGGCCCACCGCCCAGGUGCCCGCACCCGCGGCCCGGACCCCCGCCCCGCCGCCCUCGUCCUGGUCAGCGUCCGCCGCGCACCGCGGAGCCGGGCCCGGAGCCGCCGCCGGCCCUGCCCGAAGCGGCGCGAUGAAUGACUUUGGAAUCAAGAACAUGGACCAGGUAGCCCCUGUGUCUAACAGUUACAGAGGGACACUCAAGCGCCAGCCAGCUUUUGACACUUUUGAUGGGUCCCUGUUUGCCAUUUUCCCCUCUCUCAGUGAAGAGCAAACACUCCAAGAGGUGCCAACAGGCUUGGAUUCCAUUUCUCAUGACUCUUCCAACUGUGAAUUGCCUCUGUUAACUCCGUGCAGCAAGGCUGUCAUGAGUCAAGCCUUAAAAGCUACCUUCAGUGGCUUCAAGAAGGAGCAGCGCCGCCUGGGCAUCCCAAAGAACCCCUGGCUGUGGACCGAGCAGCAAGUGUGCCAGUGGCUUCUCUGGGCCACCAAUGAGUUCAGCCUGGUCAAUGUCAAUUUCCAGAGGUUCGGCAUGAAUGGCCAGGUGUUGUGCAACCUGGGCAAGGAGCGCUUUCUGGAGCUGGCUCCCGAUUUCGUGGGCGACAUUCUCUGGGAGCAUCUGGAGCAGAUGAUCAAAGAAAACCAAGAAAAGUCAGAAGAUCAGUAUGAAGAAAAUUCACACCUCAACUCAGUCCCUCAUUGGAUUAAUAGCAAUUCACUAGGCUUCGGCAUGGAGCAGGCAGCGUAUGGCGUGCAGACCCAGAACUAUCCCAAAGGUGGCCUCCUGGACGUGUGUCCAUCCUCCUCAGCACCCAGCAUGCUCAGUUCUGAGCAGGAGUUUCAGAUGCUCCCUAAGUCUCGACUCAGCACCGUCAGCGUCAACUACUGCCCCGUCGGUCAGGACUUCCCGAGCGGCAACUUGAACCUGCUCGCCGGCGGUUCCGGGAAGCCCCGGGACCACGACUCCCCCGAGAACGGCACGGACAGCUUCGAGAGCUCUGACUCGCUGCUGCAGUCCUGGAACAGCCAGUCGUCGCUGCUUGACGUGCAGCGAGUGCCGUCCUUCGAGAGCUUCGAGGAUGACUGCAGCCAGUCCCUGUGCCUCAGUAAGCCGACCAUGUCCUUCAAGGACUACAUCCAGGAGAGGAGCGACCCGGUGGAGCAGGGCAAACCGGUUAUACCCGCGGCAGUGCUGGCUGGCUUCACGGGAAGUGGACCUAUUCAGCUGUGGCAGUUUCUCCUGGAAUUGCUCUCAGACAAAUCCUGCCAGCCAUUCAUCAGCUGGACCGGGGACGGCUGGGAGUUCAAGCUCGCGGACCCUGACGAGGUGGCCCGCCGGUGGGGAAAAAGGAAAAACAAGCCCAAGAUGAACUAUGAGAAGCUGAGCCGGGGGCUGCGCUAUUACUACGACAAGAACAUCAUCCACAAGACGUCGGGGAAGCGCUACGUGUACCGCUUCGUGUGUGACCUGCAGAACUUGCUGGGCUUCGCCCCCGAGGAGCUGCACGCCAUCCUGGGCGUCCAGCCGGACACAGAGGACUGAGGCCCGCGGGGGGCUGCGAGUGCGGCCAUCCGACCCACCGCUCCAGUGACCCUGAAAGGCGGGAUUGGACGCAUCCAGGAGAGUCCCCAAGAAGCAGUGGCCUUAUUUCACUGGAAACCACGGCUUUUCACCCAAAGCAGCAUGGUUUCUCACUUGUAAAGCCCACUGACGGGAACGGGCUAUGUAUGAUGCUAUGACCUCAGAGUGGCCACGAAAGAAGUGCUGGGAAGCCGUCCUGGCUCUGAGCAGGCCAUGUGACAGGGACGUGCAGGCCGUGGGAUAGUCUCCAAGGAGCGAGCGUGUCUCGGGCACACGCAUUUUCGCUUUUUUUUUUUUUUUUUUUUUUUUAAUGUUCUUUUGCCUUUGGCUGCCAGGAAUCACAAAGGCAGAAGCGGUCUCUUUGGUUCAGCGAGGCGGAGGGUGUGGGGAGACAGCUGUGCCAUUUCAGAAGUUAGUUUGUAUAUAUGACUGUAAUCUUAAUAAUUGUUGUCAAAAUCCUCUCAGAGUCCUAUUUAACGAGAACUGUAUAUUGUAAUUUAAAAUACUUCUGUACGUGUAUUGGAAAGAUCGCAGACACCCGGUGUCUCUGCGGUUCCAAGGAGCGCUCACCGCGUUCCGCAAGCCCGGGGUCUGCGCAGGUGGACGGAGGAGUUGUAAAGUGUGUAUUAUUUACAUUUAACAUGCCUACAGGUAGACAUUGAAGAGGGUCAGUCCCUGUUUCUGUUUGGUUUUGCCUGGAUGAUUACCUGGCAAGACUUUGUACAUUUGGGAAUUUUUAUAAAACACUUAAUGUUAUUAUCCGGAGGCCCAUCCCGCCUCUGCCUUCUCCUUAAUUGUAAUGUAAAAGCUAUAAAGCGGUAUUUUUCUUGACAAAUGGCAUCUGUUUUCCAUUUCUGUGCAUGCCUUUAAAUCCGUUUAUACACAAGACUGAUUUUAUUUUUUAGUUCAACUGUGUUUCCCCAACAACUAACCUCCCCGACCAGCCGUUUCCUCCCCUUGCCCCACCUCCGCACCCCAAAUUAUCCUGUAUGAUUAAAAUAAGAAUGCUAUUUUUG